GUAUCGCUUGUGGUGGGUAGCUUAUUAUAUUUACCAGUUAUUUGGCUUGCCGCCACUGGUUGGUUACUUCUUAUGACCACCGUUUUCGUACCCGAUUCAGAGGCUAUUAAAAACUUAAGGGAUGUGCUGAAAUUUCCAGGAAACCUUGAGGAUCUGAAGACUUUAACUGAGACAUUACUUGAAUUUAAGAAAUUCCACCCUUUAUAUGUUUACAUUCUGUUCUGUACAUCAUAUCUUUACAAGCAAACCUUUGCAAUCCCAGGCUCAGUUUUCCUGAACAUUUUAUCUGGAGCACUUUAUGGAACUGUAAAAGGAACAUGUCUUUCUAGCCUUUUAACUGCAACUGGUGCAUCCAUGUGUUAUUUCCUUUCAUUGCUGUCAGGAACUGAUUUCAUACUCAAUACCUGGCCUGAAAAAAUGAGCCACUUAAGGGCACAGGUUGACAACAACCAGGAGAGACUUCCAUACUUUUUGCUGUCACUGAGGCUUGUGCCUGUCUCUCCCAAUUGGUUUAUAAAUGCGACAUCUCCGAUUCUUGGAAUUCCUAUUAAAAUAUUUGCUGUCACGGCAUUUAUAGGUCUAAUGCCAUACAACUUUGUGUGUGUGAAAGCAGGAAGUGUGCUGUCUGAACUUACAUCAGUCAAUGAUUUACUGAAUUUUCAGAUGGUAUGCAACCUAAUGCUUGUGGCAGGAGUUGCAUCACUUCCUGGAUUUUUAAACAAGAAACUGCAAAAGAUGUCUUAAAACCAUUAGUGUAUGAGAAAUGUAACAACCCCCUGUUGAAUAUAGGAAUAUUUGGUACUUUA